AUGCCAGACGAAGCGGGUCAUAAGAGACAGCGUGUUUCUAAAGCCUGUGAUUCCUGUCGUCGCAAGAAAGUUAAGUGUGAUGGCGUUCAACCAGUGGGUCCCCCUAAAGGUUACAUCGAAGCUAUUGAGACACGACUACAUAGAAUGGAAUCUCUUUUAGGUGGUUUGGUUCAUAGCAAUGAUCCCUUUGCAGAGGCUGUAUUGGCAGAGUUAAUGCAAGAUGACCCGCGCCCUUCUCGUAGAUCUGGAAAUAUGGAAUUUACAUGGAAGAAUGGCUCUUCAUCGGUGCAUGAUGCAGGACGAUCGGGCAGUUGUGGAGUGCAAAGCCCUGAAAACGUUUUGACAUCUGAAGCAAAAGAUAAUUCUAUUAUUGAUGAUCUAAAUGAUAUUAUGGGUAUUCUUAGUAUAGAUGAAAACAGACAGGUUCGUUAUCAUGGACGAAGUAGUGGGCUUUAUCUCCUAAAGAAUAGUGAACGAUACAAAAAUGGAAUCCUGUCGUUAUCCGAUAAUUCUCCAGAGGAAAAUUUAUUUUCUACCCAAAAUCUAGAAUUAUUAAAACGACCGGAAUUGGCGACAUUGCCUUCCCAAGAAAUAUCCGAUCACCUAUUGGAGACUUAUUUCACACACAUCCAUCCUCUAUUACCUAUUAUAUAUAAACCAAUUUUUUUUAAUAGGUUAAAAGAUCGAGAUAAUCCACCACUUCUUCUUUUGAAUGCUAUAUACGCUCUUGCUGCAAGAUAUUCUGAUAGACCUGAACUAAGAAAGAAUCUUCAGGAUUCGCAAACGGCCGGUGAUGAAUUCUUUGACCGUGCAAAGGCAUUGCUUGACAAUGAUUAUGAUAAAUCUCACAUAACAACUAUUCAAGCUCUUAUUAUAAUGGCUUUAAGGGAUAUUAGGAUCGAUAACACCACGAGAUGUUGGAUUUACAUUGGUAUGGCUGCAAGAAUGGCGCAAGAUUUAGGUAUUCACCGUAAUAACGAAAAAUGGCAGCCGAUCUCGUUAUCACACGAAGAAAAAGAAGAACAAAAACGUGCAUUCUGGUCAUGUUUUGUAGUUGAUAGAAUAGCGAGCACACAUAUGGGACGUCCAUUAGGUAUUGAUGAAAAAGAUGUGGAUGCUGCGUAUCCAUCAGAAGAUGAAGAUGAUGAAUACGAAUUACUUCCGUUUAAAAUGACACAUACAACAACAUCUUCAACAUUAUUAUCGUCACCUACUUCUACUAGUAGCAGCGUUUUUGGGUCACCUAUGUCCUCUGCUUCAAUGAUAAUUAACAAAGAGUCACCAAAUGCCGCACGUUCUGUUUCGCGAUUUAACCGUUUGAUAAAACUUUGUGAAAUAAUGGGACGCAUUAUUCAAAAUAUAUAUGCGAUUCGGUGUAAUGUAUCUUCUGCUAAUAGUACAGUUACAUCAGUUCUUGAUUCAUCUCUUACGUCUUGGUUCGUAAACUUACCACCACAUUUACAAUAUAAUCCAUCAUCGGAUCAAAAUUAUGACACAACAACACUCAAUCUUCAUGGUUUAUAUUAUUCGACAUUAAUCCUUCUUCAUCGCCCUUACGCGAACACAAUUGGUAAAAAUCCAUCUCAUAACAUAUGUACUACUGCGGCGAAUGCUAUAACUGAAAUCGCUGAUUCAAUGAGGCGGCGGAAACAAUUAAAACAUAGUCCAACUACUGUAAUUUAUUGUACUUUUUCAGCUGCCGUUAUUCAUACAUACAAUGCUAUUCAACCUGAUAUUACUAUUUCUCAACCAGCGAGGGAAAACCUUGAAAAGUGCCUAAAAAUAUUAGAUGCUUUAAUUGCUAUUUGGCCAUUAACAUAUAAAUACGCUGUUAUAUUAACAGAGUUAGCAAACUUGAGAGAUGCACAGUUGGAUGUAAACAUGGAGUCAAAAAACGAUGGACCAGAAGAUGGAUUUAAUUCUAGGAAACAUAUUAAUCCUCCAAUCAUCUUAGAUCAACAUGAACGACAGUCGAGGAUUCACGCUUUAAAUAAUAAAAUCAUAACAUCACAUAAUAAUAAAGGUAGUUCUACACAUUCACAAAUGUUUAACCCUGUAUCUUCUUUAAAUCAUUCGCAGACUUAUGAACGACAACCUUCUGUAAUGGGUUUUG